AUGGGUAACGAUCCCAUCCCUGUGCAGUAUCUCAGGUCGAUGGCGAACCCUGGCUCCAACCGCCUGGUAUCAUGCAGAUUGUCCACAAAAAUCGCGCACAGUUGCUGGUACGAAACGCUGUAA